AAUUGUAAAUUUAACUGUAAGUGAGUAAUUUACUGCAAUAUUUAUUUUUGUCACCUCGUAUCUUAUGUGAAAUUUACUUAGUUAAAAGGUCCCAAGACAAAAGUAAAAUUCCACAAAAAGUGUCCUUCGUAACAGAGUGUGUAUAAGUUCAAACAUCACCUGGAUAUAAUCACCUUUGAGAUCUUUUUGUGUUAUUUUUGGGGGUUUGCUUUGCAUAAUCUCCAGCUGCGGCUCCAGCGUGGUUGCCAUUGGCCUCCUCCUCCAAAACCAAUCGGCGGUGAGCUCCGGUCAAAUAUAAAAAGUGGACCCAUCCGUAUUCCGGCUGUCAGUUAAUGCCCAUCAUAACCAUGAGAAGUGCCUCACUCAUGUUCUAUCUGUUCAGCCUGAUCUUCAUCUGUGCUAUCAGUUGGAGCACCUGCAUGCCGGCGAGGAGGCUCAACUGUCAGCUGUCGAAAGGGGAACUCGAAAGGAUAUAUCAACAGGCUCCAGCGGUUAACGAGCGAUGGGGCGAUGCCGAAAUGGACAGUGCCUACGACCCGUGCAAGUUCCGUCGUCCCUAGUAGACCUACUUAAAUUCUACGAAACAAAAAGAAAAAGUGAACUCUUUAUGUGGCGUGUUCAUUAUGGUUGUGGCUAUGUAGUUCUAAGGUUUAGCAUGAAAUAAAAACAAUCACUUCUUAAGUGAUACGUGCGCUUGUA